UCACUUUCUCUCUCUCCUCUCUCUCUCAACCUCCAUUCUCUGAUCUACUCUCUCUCUCUCUCUCUCUUCUCUCUCAUCGCCAUUGUUAAUUCCCUCAUACCUCAAUCUCUCUUCAUUUCACCCCCCGAUCUUCGAUGUCGAUCCAAAUCUCAAUUCUUCAACUAGAUUUCCAUUAGAUCUGAACAACCAAGAACUGCAUAAAGUAUUUCUUGGUGGUCGGCGAUGUUAAAGCCGGCGAAGACGACAAGUUCCAAGGCCGGAGGGGUUGCAAGCAUCUCCCGGUGGUCGACGACUAUGAUUUUGGGUCAUGCACCAAUCUCUCCGGCCAUUUCCAUCAAGAAAUUCAAACAGUCCUUCCUCUCCGGCAACCCAGAUGCCGCAAUGAAAGUCGAGGCUUGUCGGAGAAGCCUGCGAAAAGCAUGGCUUUUUCUCAUCGUGAAUCACGGCGUUAAAGAGAAUCUCAUAGCGACGGUGUCUUUGGUUUGCCCUCCUCUGAAAAACAGAGGGCUCAGUGGAAAGCCGGCGAGCACCAAAACUACAAGUCCCACACUCCCACUCAUAGCGACGGCGUCUCCCCGACGGAUUGCUCAAGUUAGGACGAUCAUUAUCCAUAAAUAUAUAAUAUAUAUUAUAUUCAACUUUUUAAUGCUUGUUAAAUCACGUGGAGUCCACUGUUUAUUGCUUGCUUCUUCGCUGGUAGGGUGGUAGUUACGAUUCCAUGAUUAAUCUCAUUUUUUUAAUCAUAAUAAUGGAGGUGUGCAUGUAUAUUAGUUUGAUCGAUUGGCAAAUCUGGGUAUGUUGGACACCUGGGUGCCCAUAUCAAUUUUUUUUUUUUGGGGGUAAAAUGGAGGAGAAGGCCCAGAAAGAAAGAAAAAUGAAGAAAAAAAAGUUCUAUUGGAGGACAAUAGAGGUCUAUUGGGGGGCAAUAGACGUUUUGAAUUGAUGUAAUCUCCUCGUUUUUUUCUUUAAUCAAAGUUUUAUUUGUCUAAUUUUAGGAAGAUUAAUUCUUAGUUCGGCAACCAAAAGUUCUAUUUGAGGGGUAAUAGACUAUGCCCCUCUAUUGGGAGGCAAUAAACCUUUUCGGCGACUUAUGAGAUCUCCGACAACCUCAUAGAGUUCAAAUAAGUAAAUUUGGAGGUUCCAAUAAAAAUCUUCUUAAUGGAUUGACACCCAAAUUCACUAAAAAAAAAAAAAAAAAAAACUUUAGCUUAUAUAACCGGAAGCCAUCUAUCCCAUAACACCUCAAGAAGUUUAUUGAAAUAAGUGUCCUCCAAGGACCAUGUAAAAGUAAAACCGUAAAAAGCUUUCGUCUUGAACUCUUGAUUUACAAGCACCAAAAACACCCAGAAACAAAAACCGAAGCCAAAAUAAUGGCGCCAAGGGCAACCAGAAACCAAAGUCCACCGUGCGAUCCUGACGGAAUGUUCGCCGGCAUGGUCGUCUUUUUAGUCCACAAUGGAGUCCAGAACCGUCGAUUGCAGAUUUGGAAGCAGAAACUGGUCCAAAUGGGAGCCACUAUAGAAUUGCGAGUAACCAAAAAUGUCACACACAUAUUGGCUAUGAACCCAGAAGCCCUCUUGCAAGAAGUGGGCAGUGAGCGAUUGGGUUUGUUUAAAGGAAGAGUUGUACUAUAUCAAUGGCUACAGGAUAGCUUGAGCUCAGGUGAAAAGGUACCUGAAGAAUUGUACCUUGUGAAUUUGGAUGCUGACAAGUCUUCCAGUGAUUACAAUUCCACUGAAAAUGAAACCCCAAAUCCCAAAAAGACUAAACUCUCUCCUGAGAAUUCACCUCACACUCCAAGCCCUAAAACCCCCAAAGCUCUAAAUGAGGAUCAGGUCACACCAUUGCAGUCAUCCUCACCCUACAGCCCACCUGAUUUGAACAGCAACAUAACUCAGAUAUUUGGAAAGCUUAUCAAUAUUUAUAGAGCCUUGGGCGAUGACCGGAGAUCUUUUAGCUAUUACAAGGCUAUACCUGUUAUAGAGAGGUUGCCGUUCAAGAUACAGAGUCAGGACCAAGUUAAAGGCUUACCUAACAUUGGAAAGUCAAUGCAAGACCAUAUUCAGGAAAUAGUGACUACCGGGAAGUUAUCCAAGUUGGAGCAUUUUGAAACAGAUGAAAAGGUACGAACUAUCAGCUUAUUUGGGGAAGUUUGGGGCGUUGGUCCAGCUACUGCACAAAAAUUGUAUGAGAAAGGACACCGCACAUUAGAUGAUCUGAAGAAUGAAGAAUCAUUAACAAAUUCACAGAAGUUAGGGUUAAAAUAUUUUGAUGAUAUCAAACAGAGAAUUCCACGCAAUGAGGCUCAGGAGAUGGAACGUCUACUACAGAAAGCUGGAGAAGAUGUUUUGCCUGGGGUGGACAUUGUAUGUGGAGGAUCAUAUAGACGCGGGAAAGCUUCUUGUGGGGAUCUGGACAUUAUAAUUACACAUCCUGAUGGAAAAAGUCAUAGAGGCUUUUUACCAAAAUACGUAAAGCAUUUAAAGGAUAUGAAGUUUCUAAGGGAGGAUCUGGUUUUCAGUACACACAGUGAGGAGGGUACUGAUUCUGGUGUCGACACAUAUUUUGGGCUUUGCACAUAUCCUGGACGAGAGCUGCGCCACCGCAUAGAUAUCAAGGUCUACCCACGGGAAAUAUAUGCAUUUGCGCUAAUACAUUGGACAGGCAAUGAUGUAUUGAAUAGGAGGUUGAGAGUUCUAGCCGAAUCUAAAGGAUUCCUACUUGAUGAUGAUGGGCUAUUUCCAGCUACACGGGGCUCUCUCGGUCAACGGGGCAUGAGAGGUAGCGCAAGCUUGAAAUUUGACACAGAAAAGGAGGUCUUUGAGUUUCUCGGGUUUCCUUGGCUUGAACCACAAGAGAGAAAUCUGUGAGAUGGGUGAAUGGCUUAUAUUAGCAAGGUGUAGACUGUAGAUACGAGCCUAACAAACUCAGUCUCGUUAGUGAACCAGAGAGUCAAACUGACAUUGGAAGCUUGUAAAUUAUGUAACUCUGUGUCUUCCCUGAUUAUUUUGGAUGUAACAAUGUAUAAUACUCUAGUUUACUCUUGUUCUCAGAUUAUAUCCAUUUUGUUU